CCCCUCCCAGCAAUUACGACCGAAGUCGUCGUGCGCUCUACGCAGACGAUUCCUGGCGCGAGGGAAGUCUGUUGAUUUCUCUGACCUUGACCAUUCUGUGACCCUGUCUCUACCACCAAACCCCCGCCUCCCACCACCAUGCCUACUAUCUCCGUUGACAAGGCCGCGCUCUUCCAGGCGCUCGGUCGAGACUACACCACCGAGGAGUUCGAUGAGUUGUGUUUCGAAUUCGGAAUUGAACUCGAUGAAGACACGUCAAACUCCGACAGACCGAUCGUGAACGGAAAGCAGGAGCCCCCGCAGCUCAAGAUUGAGAUCCCCGCCAACCGUUAUGAUCUGCUGUGCUUCGAGGGAAUUGCCCUGAUGCUCAACAUCUUCCUGGGCCGCCAGCCUAUUCCCAACUACAAAUUGGUGGAGCCUGCGAAUGGCGAGCUGCAAACGAUCAUUGUCAAGGAGGAUACCAUGAAGAUCCGUCCCCUCGUCUCCGGUGCCAUCCUCCGCAACAUCAAGUUCGAUCAAGCGCGUUACGAGUCGUUCAUCGCCCUGCAAGACAAGCUCCACCAGAACCUCGCCCGGCAAAGAACCCUGGUGUCUAUCGGAACCCACGACUUGGACACCAUCCAGGGCCCUUUCACAUAUGAAGCCCUUCCCCCGAAAGAUAUCAAGUUCGCCCCUCUCAACCAGACGAAAGAGAUGGAUGGUGAGGAGAUGAUGGCCUUCUACGAGAAAGACAAGCACCUGGGCAAGUACCUCCACAUUAUCCGCGAUUCCCCCGUCUACCCGGUUAUCUACGACUCGAAGAGGACCGUCUGCUCCCUCCCUCCCAUCAUCAACGGCGACCACUCGAAGAUCAGCGUGAACACCAAGAACGUCUUCAUUGAGAUCACGGCGCUUGACAAGACGAAGCUCGAGAUCGUGAACCGCAUCAUGGUCUCCAUGUUCUCGCAAUACACCUCUGAGCCCUUCACUAUUGAGCCGAUCAAGAUUGUCUCCGAGCACAACAACGAGACCAGAAUCGUGCCCGACAUCUCUCCCCGCACAACACAGGCCGAGGUCUCGUACAUCAACGAAUGCUGCGGCUUGGAGCUUUCACCCGCAGAGAUCUGCACCUUCCUGAAGAAGAUGGCCUACGACGCGAAGCCCUCUGCCACGUCUCCCGAUCUGAUCGAUGUAUUCGUUCCCCCGACCAGAGCCGACGUGCUUCAUCAGGCCGACAUCAUGGAGGACGUCGCAAUUGCCUACGGCUUCAACUCCCUCCCCCGGUCUUUCCCCAGCAAGUCGGGUACCAUCGCCCAGCCUCUCCCCAUCAACAAGCUCACCGAUAUCGUGCGCAUUGAGGCCGCCAUGGCCGGCUGGUCUGAGGUGCUGCCCCUGAUCCUGUGCUCUCACGACGAGAACUUCGGCUGGCUCAACCGCAAGGACGACGGAAAUACCGCCGUCAAGCUGGCCAACCCCAAGACCCAGGAGUUCCAGGUCGUCCGCACGAGUCUGCUGCCCGGUCUGCUCAAGACUAUCCGCGAGAACAAGCACCACACCGUCCCCAUGAAGAUCUUCGAGGUCAGCGACGUUGCCUUCAAGGACCUGUCCCUGGAGCGCAAGAGCCGUAACGAGCGCCACUUCGCCGCUGCCUGGUACGGCAAGACCAGUGGAUUCGAGGUCGUGCACGGCCUUCUGGACCGCGUCAUGGCCAUGCUCAAGAGCGCCUUCAUCACCGGUGAGGAGGGUCUCGAGAACCCGGCCAUGAACGACUCCCAGUACUGGAUCGAAGAGCUCGAUGAACCUACUUACUUCCCCGGCCACUCCGCCUCCGUUCACGUCCGCAUAGCCGGCAAGGACCACGUCAUCGGUGCCUUCGGUAUCCUGCAUCCGACCGUCCUGGAGAACUACGAGUUGAAGUACCCCGUCAGCACCCUGGAGCUCAACAUCGAAGCCUUCCUAUAAGCGAGAAUAGGUUGGUUAUGAAUGACGGCUGAGGAUUCAACACAAGAAAGAGCAUGCGUAGAUGAUAGAAAUGUCAACAUUUUUAGAAAGAAAGAAAGAAGAGCUCACUCACAAAUCAUGAUUGAUAAGAACCCUGAUUAUUUUAAAAUGAAUAUAUAGCAAAAAAGC